UCUAUUUCGCUGCCUGGAAUAUCGUAUUUGAGCUUCAGUUUCUGUAGGUACGUCUUAUACCAGCGACACUACAAACAUGGCAACCUCCCUCUUUAGGCUAGGACGACUUGGGUCGCUCAAGUGUCUCCAGCAGGGGAGCUGGGGCACUCUGAGGAUGCCAUUUACUGCAGCGUUCUGCAUUAAAGCUGAGGACAAGAAGAAACCAGCAAAGAAAACAAAGGCUGCAAGUAAGACCUUAGAGGCCUCUGACGAGAGGGCUGCUCCACUAGCCUUCAAGACCACUGUUGCCUUCCCCACUAGACUUUCCACCCCAGGAAUUGUGAAUAAAGGUGUUGCCUUAGAUGAUCCUCUAGUGGCUACGCGUGCUGAUGCUGCAGAAGCCCUGGGAGAGGCUGUGUUUACUAGCCAACCUGAAUCAUUUUCUCAAGCUACAGCUACUGCAAAAGGUUCUACUGGAGGAGAAGAGACGGUAUCAAGUGCAGUCGGAUCAGCAGCAUCAAAGGAUCAAGAAGCUACCUCCACCUCCUCUAGUGAAUCAGAUAGUGAUUCUGAUUCUGAUUCUGAUUCUGAUGAUGAGAAAACAGACACUACUGAAACUGUGGUCCAGCCUGAAGAAAAAGCAGGAUUGGAGAAAAUGCCAACAGCAACUAGCAAAGAGUCUCCUUCAGUGAAGACUACUGAAGCUGUCCAUGAGCAUGUGACUGCUGAGUCUGUCACAAUGAAGAGGAAAGCACCUGAGGCAUCUGCUAAAGGAGCAUUGAAAAUUACUAAGGCUUCCUUAGCUGCGGCCCACCAAGAGUCAGUUGAUACUACUUCAGCUAAAUCAGCAGCUAUUGGGAAAAAAGAACCAGGUGUGCAGGUGAAGACUUCAGAAGUCAAAGCUGAACCUGUUCUAGAACCUUCCCAGGGCAGUGCUGCAAUGAAAGAAACUCCAAAGGCUAGUACCAAAGUAACUGACCACCUGCCACAGACUGUCACUAAACGAAGCCCUGAAGCUAAUCUUAAAGCCACACCAGACGUCCUCCCAGACUCUGCUAAAGCAGAGGUAUCUGAAGCCAAAAUCGAAGCAGCCCUGCAGACAGGAACUGUGGCUGAAGCUGUGGCUAAAGUCGGUACUGAAGCAUCCCGCGCAGACGAGUUGAUCGAUUCUGCUCCCAUAAUUACUGACAAGGCACAAGCCCCAGCCGAGCCUGAAGCGGUAGCAGCACCUGAGGAACCUGUCCCACCACCUGAGCCGGAGUCCUUCGACAACACCACCUACAAGAACCUUCAGCACCACAGUUAUCACAUGUUCACCUUCUCAGACAUGGACGUGGAGUUGGCUAAGCACCGUUUACCUCAGCCCUCCACGGGAAGACCCUCACCCAUGCACUGAUCUGCCCCACAGGGUGUGUGACCUAUUCUCUGCACACCCAUUCCCUGCAGCUCUUGCUUGUGGUUGAUGUGCUCCUUUUUUUGUUUUCUUUUGUUUUGUUUUUCAUUUUCAUUUUUAGCUACAUUGCAACUUGGGAAAGGCUUGUAAUUCUAUUAAACUAUAUGGCUAAAUUAUAUGAAAUGAUUUGGGUUUCUUUUUAAUGCCCAUAUAUCUUGGUGCUGUAACUGAGCAAAAAUAAAAUAAUCUAAAAAAGAA